AUGUCCAGAAGUCGAGAAGCAAGAGGUAUUGUCGCUUCGCUGCGUAGGCCGCAUGUGCUGCGACCAAUCAGCCCUGCAUUGGCGCGUCCCAAUGUCAACAGCUUCCAUACAACAACGCCAAGAAAAACAGAUGGCGUAUUUCAGGGCCUCGAGGAUAAGAGGCAACCAAUGCCAUGGAUAGAGGCAUUUGAGCGUCAGCAAAAGGGCCUACCGGCUCACAAGUCCGAUGACUAUCCCAAGGAACGCGACCUGGCCCCCAAGAAGAUGAGCGACAGCUAUCAUCGCGUCGUGCUUCCUCUCAAGAAAGACCCUUGGUUACUCGGAACGUUAUUCAUGGAUCUUGAUGCACUCUCUGGAAUCAUCGUCUACAAACAUACCGGUCCUGGAGUUACUACAGUGACCGCCGCCCUGGACCGUAUCACAAUAGCGCAUCCACUCACAGAAAUUUGUGAUCUUGAGUACAGUGGUCAAGUCACUUACGCUUCUGGCAGGAGUAGUGUUGAGAUCACCUGCAAAGUUGCUAAGGCCAGAGAAGAAGGCGAACCCAGCAAGCCCGAGGAUGUCCUCCUAACAUGUACCUUCACCAUGGUUGCUCUGGAUCCCAACACAAGAAAGCCUGUCAACAUCCCCAAGCUGGUCCCCACCAAUUCUGAGGAAGAAAAGAUCUUCAAAGCUGGUGAGGCAAAGUCGCUGUCCAAGAAGGAAAACUCGAAGGCUUCGCUUCUCCAGACUGAACCCAAUGAUGCAGAAUCCGCUCUGAUCCAUCAGAUCUGGUUGCGACAACUUGCGUACCAUGAUCCCAACAACGAUCUUCGUCAACCGUCCAACGUUGUCGCUAUGGCUAAGACCCAGCUUUCAACGGCUGCGAUUAUGCAACCUCAGUACAGGAAUCGCCAUCAGACAAUGAUCUUUGGUGGUUUCCAUUUGAAACAGACCUUUGAGCUUGCCUUUUGCUGCGCGGCCAGUUUUGCUCAUGCCCGACCGACCUUCAUCAGCGCUGAUCCUUGCACUUUCCGAAACCCCGUUCCUGUCGGCAGUGUCUUGUACCUAACUGCCACUGUCGCAUACACUGAUCCUCCCCUGCUAGAGGAAGAUGGCACUGAGCCUGGCUUCCCGAACCCGGAGAAGCCCAUGACCCGCGUACAUGUUCGUGUUGACAGCAAGGUCCGUGAUGUUGAGCACGGUGUUGCAAAGCCAACUGGCCAGUUCAACUACACCUUCUCCGUGCCCAAAGAUCUUAAGGUUCUGCCUCAUACGUAUGAGGAGUACAUGGUGUAUAUUGAUGCUAGGAGACGUGUUUCGCUUGGUGAUAGUCAGCGAAAGGAGGAGUCAAAAGCUUUCUCGGAGAAGAGGCCUGAAGCCACGGAUAAUGUCAACUUGAUUGGAUAA